ACAAAUAUAUGGUUAUGCCGCAAAUGGCAAAUUGACUUUAAACAGUGCCAAAUACAAUUCCGUACAAAGUGCACAGUCUCGUGCAAUUUUGCAAUCAAGUUGAAGAAAAAAUGCAAUUAUUAAUUAGUAGCUAAAAAUAAUAAAUGUGUUAGUAUAUUUGUGUCACACUUUUCCCUAAAACAGUAAUCUAAGAAAGUAUUUGUCACUUGUAUUUUUCCAUGAGCGUCUUUGGUAACAUAAUACAGGUCAACAAGUGGAAGGCGGACCCCUUUUCAUCGAGCACUGCAAAAGAAUUGCGGCAAGUGUGGUGUCAUACAGUACGCAAGAAAAAUUACCAGCAUUCCUGCAAAGGGACGAUUAUCGAGCAGAAACGUUCGAAAUUGAUGGAUCGUUCUACGUUAUGGUCGUUUCUCAGAACGAUGACAGCAAAUAUGGAAUAGACUCUAUAAUAUACAGUUUUGAUGGAAAUGCACUGGAGAUAUAUCAGAGUGUGCCAACCGAUGGGGCUAUUGAUGCAAAAUACUUUGAAAUUAACAGGCAGCGAUAUCUUGCAAUCGCACAAUAUUAUGGAGACAGAACGUCUCUUGAAUACGGUGUCAACUCUCAAAUACUCAAAUGGAGAAACAAAAGGUUUGAGCACAUUCAAUAUCUUCCAACGAAAGGCGCCUUUUCGGUUGCACAUUUCAAUGUCGAAAAUGACACUUUUAUAGCUUUUGCUAAUCACUACGAUUCUUCCUACAGCGUAAAUUCGCAUGUCUACAAAUGGAUAUCUGGUCAGUUUGUAUUAUUCCAAUCCAUUCCUUCUUUGGGAGCCAUCUCAAUUAAGUACAUUCAAAUUGGAAACUUACACUUCAUUGCCAUUGCUCAUCAUUACACAGAUCAACACACAACACUGAUUCUAAGAUCUACCUUUGGUCAGGAGCACAGUUUGAGAUAUUUCAGUUUAUUCCAACGUUUGGUGCAUACGAUGUUGAAACAUUUACGUCAAAUCAAUUUACCUUUAUUUUGUUUGCUAAUUCCUACAACUACAACACCAAAAGCUACAACAUCGAUUCCAUUGUCUAUAUUUGGAAUGGCGCUAAAUUUGAGAAAUUUCAAUCUAUUGCUUCCAAAGGAGCAAGCGACUUUCAAGCGUUUUCAGCAUGUGACAAAACAUACAUUGCAAUUGCUAACCAUUACGACGGCAGUUCCAGAGACAUUUCUUCUGUCAUUUAUAACGUGAAUGGUGCUGGCCUUCAGCCUUACCAACAUGUUACCGUUGCAAGCAUAAUUAGAUGGUCUGCUUUCACCUAUGGCAAUAGCACUUAUCUGUUUGCUGGACCAGGUACUACCAAACUAGCAUACCUCUUUAAAUGGGUUGGCUAAGACCAAGACCACGUGAGCGAGACUGUUAUACGGGAUUUUUGCGACCACUUUACAACAGCUGUUUGAUGUCAUAAUCAGCUGUUGCUGUUGACUAGAGCAUGAAAUCAAUAUAGAGUUUAGUAAGCGAGAGUUUAGUAAGUCGUAGUUGUGCUCAUUAUUAGUUGUCGCUAAAUGGCUUUGGUCUGAUUACAGAUAUAUAUCU